AUGUCGGGGGCAAGCCUAGAAGAUAUCUACCUCCCUACUUCUCUUGCCAGCUAUCUUGACAAGAAGGUUGUUCUUCAACUCCGAGAUGAUCGAAAAUUGAUUGGUGUACUUCGUUCUUUUGAUCAGUUCGCCAAUGUUGUUAUGGAAGGUGCGUAUGAGAGAAUUAUUGUUGGUGAUCUUUAUUGUGACAUGCAGUUGGGUCUGUAUGUGGUUCGUGGAGAGAAUGUUGUUUUAACUGGCGAGCUGGACUUGGAGAGAGAGGAACUUCCCCAACACAUGACUCGUGUUUCAGAAGCAGAAAUUACUAGGGCACAGAAAGCAGAGAGGGAGGUUGUUCAAAGAUCCAUCAGAAAAAAGGUUGGAAUUUCUGGAUUUUGA